AUGACCCGCCGCCAUGGACCCCCCAUCGCACAAGAGAGUUUCCAAAGCAUGCGACGCCUGCAAACGCAGAAAGGUGCGUUGCAACGGCCAGCCCCGCUGCCAGCAAUGCGCCCACUUGGGGCUGCCAAACAGAGGUCCCAGGGCAAGAGAGGCCAUAUCAUUUCGGAAUUCAGGAAGCAGACGUCCAGCUUGCCCGCCAUAUCCCCGCCGAUACUGCCGGCCCAUGCAGGCCAGGCCGACUACCAUGCGCCAUUCAGUCCCCUUUCGCCCACGGCCAGCCUCAGCCACGCCGAAUCUACCUCUCCCGCAUCCUAUCUUACCCCACAGUACACCAAGGCCUUCUUUCUUGACCUCAUACCCGACUAUGUCGAGGGCGUGUAUCCAGUGCAUCCCGUCAUCACUGCCUAUGAGCUCCGCCAGUACAUUGAUGUCAUGGACACUGACCCUGAUGUGCGCUCUUUCAUCUACUCGUUUGGCGGCUGCACCCUCAAUCUCACCCGCUACGGCGACCGCAGGACAGCACAAGUGGUCCAGACGAUUGAAAGACUCAUGGACUGUUCCAUCGACACAAUGAGACGAGCUCACAAGCAUCUACAAGUCUCGGUCAUGCGGGCAGUGCAGUCCAUGUUCAUUCACAACUGCCUCAUGAGUCUCCAGCGCAGUGACGCCGCCUUCUUCUACAUGCGGGACGCCAUUACCAUCAUCCAGCUCCUCAGGAUAGACAAACCGGAGAACGUAGCACAACUCUCACCCCCUGAGCGGUCCCGGAGACAGCGGCUGUACUGGCAAGCAUUCAUCCAUGAGCGUUUCCUAGCCAUUCUGGACUAUCGUCGCGCAGUCCUGCCGCCGCUGUACACGAUGCCCGAAGACGAUGCCACGCUGUCGAUCCAGGUGCACGAAGGCUUCAACCAGAUCAUCAAGCUAUUUCGACUACUAGAUACAGAAUUUCUCAACAGUUGGCUCGAUUCGCAACGUGGGACCGUCACCAGCACUUGGGUCGAGGCCAAGUCGCGCGAGCUCGAGGGGGACCCAGAAACGGACGCGCGGGAACUCGCCAUGCUUUCCAUGAUGCAGCGUGCCGAUCUCUGCAUAACGCGCGAGUGGCUGCGCACCCUAGUCUGGCGCCUUGCCAUGAGCCAAACCCUGCUUUCAUCCCGCUCGUCCAAAGAAUGCCUCUCGCUUCUCUUCCCCGUGCGCCUCUCUCAAACACUCCGCCAACAAGUCUCGAGCAUGUCGCGCCAAGACAUUGAAGUCCACGGCACCAGCAUCACACAGAAGCUCUUUGAGAUUACCGACACAAUCGCCGACGUGCUGAUCCACGUUCCCGCUGCCACGCUUGACGAAACCGCCCUCCGGAUUGACGACUUCCUCUUUAUCCUCGACUUUGUCCUGCUGAUCCCGCAUCUCGAUCACACGCGUCGCGGCAUUUUGCUGGAGAAGCUAGAGCGCCUACAAACCAUGUUCCCCGAGGCUCUCAGCAAUGCUAGCUCGCCCAACCUCCAGCCCGACUUGCAGAGCCCUAGCGCUGCAAACGACCCUUGGUACCAGGUCACGCAGUCCAAGACGGCAGCGGGGCUGGAAGACAUGGCAGACGAGGUAGGCCAGGCGCAGGCGCCAACGGGUGACGAGGUACCGAGAUCGGAGGUCAGAAACGGGCUCUUGGCUACAUGGAAUACCAUUUCACGGCGCUUGUCUAUGCAGGUAGCUACCUUUGGUGUUGUCUAG